GCGCUAGGGCGCCGAUUGGCUGAAGAGGCAGGCUCCCGGCGUCAGCCGUUGAGACGUGCAGAGGGGGCGGGAAUGCGGUGCCGGUCGGCCAGGGUGUUGGGACGCAGAAUUUGCACGACGACUAGAGGGAGAAAGAGGCGGAGCGUGCGUAGUGCGUUCGUGGAAAGAUGGGAACGGAGAGACGUAGAGACGCCAAGAGUGGAAGGAAACGAGGCUAGGCCUAUAGUACUAUCCGCAAAGGAGAUAGAGCUAGAAGACUGGGCGGAAGGGAUUAGCUGCCGGAGGGCGGAGCUUACGUAACCAGGGAAGAGCUCCAACUCACGCUUACCUUCGCGAGAGGUGAAAGCAUGAGGGGGCGGGGACCUUCAUUUAUUAAAUCACGUCAUGCAAAUAAGGUAGAUUGACAGGCCAAUCCAAGAGUCCAGGGGAGUGCAUCACGGAACAGAGGCAUUCUCAAUGCAGAUAUCACCGUCAGCAGCAUCCUCUUUCCUCAGGGAAGGAUGCGUUCGAUGCCUGAGGUCCCAGGGAAUUAAGGUCCUUGGAACACCCUCCGACAUGGCCCAGAUGCUGUUGUUCAUCUUUAUCAUCAUCCGUCCAGGAUCUUGUGUUCUCUGGGUGUCCCAGGCCCCUGAAAUCCGUACCCAGGAGGGGUCCCCCGCCUUCCUGCCCUGUUCCUUCAAUGCCAGCCAAGGGAGUUUGGCCAUUGGUUCUGUCACAUGGUACCGGGACAAAGUGGCCCCAGGGAUGGAGGUGAGGAAUGAGACCGCAGAGUUCCAGGGCCGCCUGGCCCCUCUCCCCUCCUCCCGCUUCCUCUGUGACCACCAGGCUGAGCUGCACAUCUGGGACACUCGAGGCCAUGACACCGGAGUCUACGUGUGCAGGGUGGAGGUGCUGGGCCUGGGUGUCGGAACAGGGAAUGGGACCCUGCUGGUGGUGGAGGAAGGACCUCCUCAGCUAGCGGCUGGCACAGUCCUCCUCCUUCGGGCUGGAUUCUAUGCCUUCAGCUUUCUCUCAGUGGCUAUGGGCAGCAGCAUGUAUUACCAGGGCAAAUACCACUGUCACAAGGGAACGCCCUGUCACUCCUUGGAUGGCCUCUGAUGAGUGAUUCCAGACCCCAGUGAUCCCAAGUUCUUCAAGAGACCCUAAUAAAUUCCUCUCUACCCCA